UCUUGAAUGAUUGAGAGAUGGGUUAAAUUUAACCCGUUUGUAAUUAGUUCGUUUGUUCCGAUUUGCCCGGUGGAAAACCCGAGCCAAGAUAUGAAGUAUAGAAUCCUCAAUCCAGGAAGUAGAAAAUUUAACACACUGAGGUCGAAUCCGCUUCUCUUCGGAAUAACAGUCUGAAUCUCCAGAAGAUCGUGAAGCAGACGAAAAAAUGAGGCAUGGUGGAUCCAGGAGGAAGCGACCGCCACCGUUUGCGCGCUAUGUCGUCGUUCUAUGUGCUGUCGGUGCUGCAAUUGGAUUCUUAAUGCUCAACAUUUUUAUGAGGCUUGAAGCUCGAGAAUCGAGAUCGAGCUCUGAUCAGCUUGGUAAUGGCGACGGAGGAGUUGGAGAAAGUCAGGUUCGGAGUGGAGUGGAGCCAAGGCGGAGCUCCUGCGCGACGGUGGAACAGAUGGGAGAGGCCUUUAAAGAAGAUGGUGUCUGGAAGGAAAGCCUGAGAGUAAGAAAAAUUAUUCAAAAUCACUUUUAUUUGAAUGGUGCUUCAAGAGUGCGAAAUCUUCCUCCUGAGCAGUUCUGCAAACACGGUUUUGUCUUAGGCAAAGCUUCAGAGGCAGGCUUUGGGAAUGAGAUGUACAAGAUUCUAACUGCUGGAGCUUUAAGUAUAAUGCUAAACCGAUCCUUGAUUAUUGGGCAAACCAGGGGCAAGUUUCCUUUUGGGGACUACAUUUCUUAUUCUGAUAUUUCAUUUACCUUGAAAGAAAUCAAGCAUUUAUGGAGACUUAAUGGUUGUGGUAGGAAAUACAACAGGCCUUUGAUUAUGCGAACUGAUAAUUUUGAAAAGCCUGCACAGACAAAUGUUCUAUGUAGUAAUUGGAAGGAAUGGGAGCAUCCUAUCAUAUGGUUCCAAGGUACAACAGAUGCUGUGGCUGCUCAAUUUUUCUUGAAGAACUUACAUCCCACUAUGAGGGCUGCUGCUUCUAAUUUAUUUGGACAACCAGAGGUUUUGGAAUCUAGACCUAAUGUAUUUGGAGAACUGAUGAAAGUUCUGAUAUCUCCUUCAGAGGAUGUUCAAGAAGCGAUGUACUCAGUCCUUAAAAGUGGGAUUGAUCCUGAUAUUUCAUUGCACAUGCGGAUGCUUAUGAAUAGAUCCGGCCGAGGUUUACAGGCAGCACUGCAGUGCAUCCGAAAAGCCAUGCUUAAUCUAAGCAGGGUCCAAAAACCCAGAUUGGUUUUAGUAUCAGAUACCCCAAAUUUUGUUAAGAGUAUCAUGCCCAUCUUAGGUGAAUUUGCAGAGGUCAUUCAUUUUGAUUAUGAACACUUCAGAGGAAACAUUUCUGGAAUGCAUGAUGAAUUCCAUAAACUGGACUUCAGAGUAAAGGACUGGGGCCCGUCACCAAGAUGGGUUGCCUUUGUUGAUUUCUUUCUUGCAUCCCGUGCCAAGCAUGCUGUUAUUUCUGGUGCUCACCGGCGUGUAGGUACUACCUAUGCUCAGCUAAUCGCAGCACUGGCAGCAGCACACAAUCUCGACAGUCUCGGGAACAAUUCUACCGGUUCAGAUUUUUCAUUCUUGAGUAGCUUCCAAAGUAAUUUGUUGAGUGAAGGUUUAAAGAACCAGGUUGGCUGGGGGCAUAUCUGGAACAGAUUUGCUGGUCCUUUAAGCUGUCCUAACCAGCCUAAUCAGUGUGCCUUAACCCCUCUUCUCCCUCCAGCAUGGUGGGAUGGACUUUGGCAGUCUCCCAUUCCACGAGAUAUUAAAAGAAUGGCGAACUAUGGAGUUAAUUUAUCGGGCCUCGGCACCGUUGACGAAGACAGCCUUCGAUCAUUCUGUAAUGCAAGGAAGAAUGUCGUGAGGACUAUCCCUUUCAUAUUAUAGUCAUUUUAUGCUUCUGUUUGUCAUGUAAGCUCUAUAACUAUAGUAGUUAUUAGAAGCGUUCCCGAACUGUGCUUAUUUAGUCAACUUUCGCACAGUCCAGGAUUUUGUUUUUGUUAAAUCAAAUGGUCCAAUACUGUCUUCUUUUAUUUAUGGGGCCAUUUGAUUUACAAAAAGAAAUCUUGUAUACCACAAAGCAUCCAAUUUGAUUUUCAAUCCGAACCGUUGGAUCAAAUACGUAUUAACCAGCAUUUUCUACACCCCUAGUGAACGACUGAGUUGAAGAACAUGCACAUUUAAGAAGGAAACUAAUCAUGUUACA